GGAUUUGUUGUGGUUGUUGCAAUCGAAAUGUCGUGAGAUCCCUGAAUCUGCAAGACUAUAAAGGUAGCGGUAUGGCCAGCAGAGAAUUCUGGCAUUCCCCCCAUAGUAUCUCUACUCGAUCAUCCUCUGAGCUGUUCCAGAAGUUCUCCUAGCGUGGGAUCUGCAGAUCUCAGCCUAUUUCUGACGGAAAAUCAGUAAGUAGGGUAGAUGCAGAUGAGCAUGCAAGGGGCAGCAGGGCUUGACCGGUAAGUUCUUGACCAGCCGUGACUGACUCCUUUAACAACCACGUCAUUCGUGGUCGGUCUCGUUGCUGUUACACUCAACAGGGACGGGGGGCCAUGUCACCCAACAUCUCGCGCUCUCAGCGCUUAAUGGUUGUUAUUGCAAUUUCCUCUGCCUUCUUCGUGUCAGAAAUAUCAGUCGGAUUUUACACACACUCUCUGGCUUUAGUGGCUGAUGCCUUUCACUAUUUGAGCGACUUGGUAUCGUUCAUUGUUGCCCUGCUAGCUCUCUGGGUAUCAGAAGCCGAUGACUCGCCCAAGGCGCUCUCGUUCGGGUGGCAGCGGGCGCAGUUACUGGGCGCCUUCUUCAAUGGCGUCCUGCUGUUCGGGCUCGGGAUCUCGGUCUUCUUGCAGUCUGUUGAGCGAUUCAUAUCGAUUGAGCGCGUUGAAAACCCGAAGCUCAUGUUCAUCAUGGGGUCUAUCGGCUUGGGACUCAACCUGAUCAGCGCGACAUUCCUUCAUGAGCAUCACCAUCACGGACAUGAUCAUGACCAUCUAGAUCAGGCCAUGAUAGAGAUUCCCGCGUCAAAUUCCGAAAAUAGCGACGGGCAAGAGAGGCCUGGAAGUCCCGAGCAUGGCGACCACAAACACGUUCUACACUCUGCGCAAGCAAGCGGUCACGGGCAUGAUCUAGGGAUGAUGGGGGUUUUGGUCCAUGUCCUCGGUGACGCAGCCAACAACCUUGGGGUGAUGGCCGCGGCCUUGGUGAUCUGGUUGACUCACUAUGAGGGCCGGUACUAUGCUGACCCAGGAACGACGAUGGGUAUCUCAAUCAUGAUCCUUCUGUCCUCGUUUCCACUGGUGCGACGAUCCGGUCUUAUCUUGCUCCAGAGCGCACCGAAUGGAGUAGAUGCUGAAGACGUGAAGCAUGAUCUGGAAAAGAUCAGCGGCGUGCUGUCGGUCCACGAGCUUCACAUCUGGCAGCUGAAUCAGCAUAAAACACUAGCAUCUGUGCAUGUGACGGUGUCAGAUAGCUCGGUCCCAGCCUUUUUGAAGUUGACCAAGACGAUCAACGAAUGUUUCCACGCGUAUGGUGUCCAUUCGACGACAAUUCAGCCGGAGGUGGUGCAUCCGUCGGCUCUUGCUAGCUUGGAGACGGAGGGGCUGGGCAAAUGCCAAGUUGUAUGUGGAACAAUGUGUGCAGGGUUGACUUGCUGUGGAUAGAUACAUACAUAGGAAGAUAGAACUUUCGAGGGCCUGAGAUAGGAGUGAAAGGGGAAAUUGUAACUAAGGAUAUAGAUCGCUGCAGUAGAAUGGAA